UGGAUUUCUCGUGGGGCACGCAAGUGGUCGCCCUCACCCUCACCUUCGUGGGCGGCCUCGCCACCGUUCUUGCUGGGGGCCAUGCUGGGCGGCUCGUCGGGCGUGAUGCUCUACAUCGCGUUCGCCGACCUCAUCCCCGAUUCGGCCCUCGCCAUCGGCUAUCCCUACACCUGGCUCUUCUUUGUGUUGGGCGUGGUGGGAUUCUCGCUGGUGAUGUACUACAUACCCGAACCGCACUUUGACGGCGACGACGACGAUGAGGGCCACGGCCACAGCCACGGCCAUGGGUCACGAGAGGAACGCUCCGGGUGCGAAAACGCCGAGGCGCGCCACGGCCCCACGAAGGCGGGGCUGGCGACGGCGAUCGGCAUGUGCAUCCACAACUUGCCGGAGGGCAUCGCCGUCUACAUCUCGUGCCUGCGGAGCUCAUCCCCACGUGUCUACGACACCUCUCCCUCUGGGUACGCUCCAUUCCGCACGACACGACACGACCAACGACACGACACACACCAGGCUUGGUAA